GUUUAGACAGACAGCAGCACUCAGGGACGCGCACAGGCCGGUGCCGAGCCAAACCGAGCUGGGCUGGGUUUGCGGAAGCGACCGACCGGCGGACAGACGGACGGACAGACAGACAGCUAACGGAUGUUAGACAGCUGGGUGGCAUCAGGGCGCCUGUCUUCCCGGCUCUGACCCUAUAUCUAGUCUUUAGAUGAAUGUUUGGGCACUAGUUUAGACUUUGAAUCACGUCCUCCAUGGGAGCGGGGCCUGCUGCAGGAGCAGUCCGUGCAGGGAGCGUUGUGGUGCGGCCGCAGAGCUUGAGGAACCCCCGCUGCUCUGCUGGAGGAUAAAGAAAGGAACAGAUAGACAGUCAGGAUGCGUGAAUAUAAACUGGUUGUUUUGGGAUCAGGAGGCGUCGGGAAGUCAGCGCUGACGGUCCAGUUUGUUCAGGGAAUCUUUGUGGAGAAAUACGACCCGACGAUAGAGGACUCCUACAGGAAGCAAGUGGAGGUGGAUGGACAGCAGUGUAUGCUGGAGAUCCUGGACACAGCUGGAACAGAGCAGUUCACAGCGAUGAGGGACCUCUACAUGAAGAACGGUCAGGGCUUUGCUCUGGUUUACUCCAUUACAGCUCAGUCCACCUUCAACGAUCUUCAGGACCUGAGAGAACAGAUCCUCAGAGUGAAAGACACUGAGGACGUUCCCAUGAUCCUGGUGGGAAACAAAUGCGACCUGGAGGUGGAGCGUGUGGUGGGCAAAGAGUCGGGCAUUGGCCUCGCCCGUCAGUGGAACUCCUGCGCCUUCCUAGAGACUUCGGCCAAGAGCAAGAUAAACGUCAACGAGAUCUUCUACGACCUCGUCCGACAGAUUAACAGGAAGACUCCGGCUCCAGGAAAUACUCGUAAAAAGCCCACCUGUCAACUUCUCUAAUGACAGCUCUGAUGUGACCGACAACCUUCAAACCAACCAAUCACAGAACAUCUUCCAGUUGCCACGCCCCUUUAACACAACCAUGACAUCAUCAAUAUCAGCCACCGCUAAGCCUCUGUUACCAUGAUGACCACUUCCCAUCCCCUCAGCAGAGACUGUUGCCUUGGAAACAUAAAAAACAAACAUCAGAUGAUGAUGAUGGUGAUGGAUGAGGGCGGGCUGUCCAAACAACUGGCCAGAUUAAAACUUCCGUUCCCAUCAUGCUCUCUGCUGAAGCGCUCCGAGCUGGGGGAGCGGCCUUGUGCUUUUUGAUUUUAAACUUUUCUAUUUUUUUUUGUUUCUUUUCCUUUCACUUUGUUUUCCAGCAGUCCGAAUCCAAUCGCAUGCAGCUUGACUGUCAGCCAUGCUGGCGCUGCGGGUGCCACGGUGACAGCUGUCUGUGUGUACCGUUCUGGUUAAACCUGUGGAUCCUUUCAGUGAUUAUUAUUAUUAUUAUUAUUAUUAUGGCAGUGCUUAUUAUAAUUCUGUGUAAAAAAAAAAAAAUCUAAAGUCAGUUGAUGUUUUUAGUUUUAAUUUUCGGGUGGGUGGGGCUAACGUUUUGCAGCAAGUCGUGGAGUUGGCUCACUGUGUUGCUAAAAGAAAGAAGAAAGUGUUAAAAAGGCUGUCAGAGUUCUUUCUUACAGAAUAAUUUAUAGUUGCAACUGGCUGUUGCUACCUAGGACAUUUAUUAAAAACCCACAAAUUAUAUGAAUUCCUCAAAACAGGAGAUACCAACUGUUUCACAUUUUCUAUGUAACUCAUCUUCAGACCUUCCUCUCAGAGAGAUGCUAAAAUAUCACCAGCAGGAAUAGGAUCUUCUGCUGCACAACCAUCUCCUUCUGUUCCCUCUGCACAGUUAGCAGCAAAAAAACAAAAAAAAACAAAACAGCAGCAGCACUAUGGCUUGGUUUUUAGGAUAUGUUAAAAUGCUUUGAUCCGUUUAAAGAACAUUUUGGUAGAUGAUGGUGCAGAUUUCAAUCGAGCUGACAAUACGAACGUUUUGAGGGAAUACACAGGUCUUAAGACUAUGGAUUAUAAAAGCAGGAUUGAAUAAAAGCAGAUCAGCAGUGAUUCAUGGUUCUAGCAUAGGCUAACUUUUGAGACCAUCAGAGAAUUGAAAUAGAAAAACAUUCAGCUUUUUUUCCGGCAUUUUAGCUUUGGCAUUAUUCCAAAGAAAUAACCGGUCUUGCUUUAGCUGGAAGGUAUGCUAACUGUGCCAAUUACAGCAAAGGAGUCCAGCUUUUUUCUAACUUGAUAUAACAUACCUUAAUUUUAGGAUAAAUUUUAUAUAAAAUACAUUUGAAUUGUUUUAAAUACUAUUGCUCUACUAUUUAGGAGGUAUUAGCUUAAUGAAAUAAUUCAAAAGGCAUUUUGGAUGCUUCCUGGCUAGCUUGAAAAUUAAAUAUAAUGCUAGCUUUAGGUUUUAACAAUAGUCAAUCCAACAUUAUCUUUAAGCUCUUAAGGCUAGUUAAUGUUACAUUAUUCAUUUUAAGCUGUAGUAGCUAAAGUUAAUGAGGUUUAGUUACUAUCAUUUAAAGCUAUUAGCUUAUGUUAGCAUUAUUGCUAAUGCUAGUUUUAAUUAUUAAUAGGUUAGGUUUUUAGUAACAUUAGCUACUAGCCCUUACAACUUAUAGAGAGGUUAGCAUUAUUGUUAAUGCUAACUUUAGCCACUAGCUUUAAGUGCCUGUAGCUAAAGUUGCGAGGAGUUGAUGCUAGUAGCUGAAGUUAGCAUUUGCGAUCAUGCCACCUCUGUUUAAACAGCAACAUUCAAAUAAACAUUUGAAUGUUGCUGUAAACCUCAAGGAGCCUUAAGAUGAGUUGUAAAACCUGACUUUGAUAAGGUGAUAAAUAUCAACCGUGUAAGAGAAAAUUUUGAUUAAAGGGCAAAACUUAUAAAUUAGCCAAAUGAUUGAAACUACCUGGAAGCGAACCUGUUAGCAGCACAGUGAACUCAGUCAGGACCUGCUGUGAUGGACGAACGUGUUGCCUUCAGACAGCAGACUCACACUGGUCCGGUACAUUAACUGUGGGGGCCUAUUAGUUGUUUCUGUGUUAACCAUAAUAAUACCAGGUUUUAAAACUCUGAAUUAUUUGCCCCCAUGAAUUAACAAUGACUGUUCUGUUCAAUCUCAGUUUCCUUCCUGGUUCUGCCCCUCAGUUUUAUAGGGAUAAUAAUGUCUUCAGGAUUUGUGGUCCGCUUAAAAUUACACUGCUCCCUGCUGAAUGGAAAGGUGGGACAUUGUAACUGAGAUGAAGUUAAAAUAAAGCGUAGAAUAAGAAUUUCUGGUUUGGGUUGAAUUUGAUUCUGCAGGCGAGGACUUGGCCAGCGAAGGUGCACAAAGCCCUCUUUUUAAAUGAGAGUGGUCAUCUUACAGAAACUACAUUGGACCAUGGACCUCUGUGAGCUCUGCUGCACAGUGUUGUACUAUCAGGAGUACUGCGAUACAGUGUGGUACUGCUGUCAGUAUUCUGGUUCUCCUCCAGUGCAUUCAGUGAUGUAGCAUGUUGAUGUUUCAGUAAGUACUCAGUCUGACCUCCAGGAGGUGCUGUGAUGGUUUGCACGCCGUUCAGAAGCAGUGGAAGGUCUGUUUGCAGCCACAGUGAUGCCUGAGAGCAGCAGAGAGAGCUGAUGGUGGUUUUGUUUAACAGAUUAACACAUUACAUGUCUCGUUUUACUGUGCUUGGAAAUGUCAUUUUUAAGCUUUCUAAGAAUGUGUUUUAUAAAUGCCUGUAAUUCUCCUUUUGCCUCUUUACAGCUACUUUUACUCACAUUUCCUCUUCAUUAAUAUUGAAACUUUUCAGAGUUAGUUGGUCUGUUUGUAUGAGGCAUUAAAACUGAGCCUUGGCUGCAUUCAGACCUUUCUGGCCUCUUAACAGCAGGCUACAGGGGCUUUCGUCAUUUGCCAAACUCAGAUUCUGGAUUAAUGUCAGAUCUAUAGUCUGUUUGGAAAAACUCUUGUUUUAAAGAAUAUUGAGGCCUUAACAGUAGUGGUUAUAAUAAUAAUUAGCAUUUUCAGUUGUGGGCAUUUAUAACCAGUUUGUAAAAAUGUAAUAAAUGUAAUAAAACUUUGUGAUGUAGCUAUAA